UAUAAGCCUCUGUGUUCAAAUGUUAUCCAAAAUUGCCAAACAAUUAAAGAACUGAGGAGUUCGUACAUAGAAUACUAUUUGAAAUAAAUAUCAAUUGUCUGACGAUUAAUUUUAUAUCACCUUACUAUGCAGAAAAGGAUUUAAUUGGAUUUCUUUUACUACCCUGAAAAACGACACGCUCGAGCUGACUGUCAGCAAAGCCCUUGGUGGAUUUACGGCUUAAAGCCACGUGAUACGAGCUGAAACCACGCGACAGGCAGUGAUGAGCUACCGUACGGCAUAUUAAUUAACAUUAAUUUAAAUUCAGUUAAUGGUGUAGUGCUGCUUUGAGAUGGAUAGUGAGUUUAUUUAAACUUACUUUUAAACGAAGGAUAUAACAUAUUUCCUUUAUUACUAUAAAUGCAAUAUUGAUCAUAAUCUUUCAAUGUUAUUUUGUAUUGAAAGUUUCCGGUGGACUUAAUCGUGAAGGAAUUCGACGGAUAGUAUCACAAGGUGGGAACAAAGUUAUCACGGACGGGUGUUUUCAGAAGAAUUUAUUCAUGAAUGGAGUUUCAUAAAUUGCGACAUAUUUCUGGAGAAUUAUUUGCGGACGGAUAUCUUAGCAACCUGACAGAAGAUUUACAUUCUUCUACUAAAUAUAUCAAUAACUUUAAUCGGACCCGGAAUUUAAUUUUUAGAACAAUAAAAAUAUGUUGCGUUCACUCAUCUCAUCUAUAUAUAUUGUUUUACUUUGUUCCUCUAUGAAAGCAGCAUCAGAGACGUGUUUGAUGAUGGACCAGGCACUUCUGAAGAGAAACUCUGUGGCGAGUGGCGACAUUCUCUGGGAUAAGGACACGGUUUCUCCAAUACUGUGCAUGAAAGAAUGCCUAACGUUACCAGUAUGUAAAUCUGUGAAUAUCUAUCCGAACUUGUUGAGGUGUGAGCUGUUGUUAGAAGACUCUGGAGAGGCAUCGAACGGUGUUGUGUCAUCGUCGAUUGGAAUGACCAUUGAUGCUGUGGACAUCCCUAAGGACUAUGGUGGAGACUGUCGAGACCACAGUUGUCUUUCGUACCAAAAGUGUAUUGAAAAACCCGGAAGUUACGUUUGUGUUGCGUAUGAGUUUUGUACUGGAUCACCACCACCAUAUGGAGCCAACACGAUCACAAUUGAUAGGACCGAUGGACUCCCUGUCGCUACUUACCAUUGUCCACCUGGAGUUGGCUAUAAUCGCGGGGAAAGACAUUCAUAUUGUGACCCUAAAACAAAAAAAUGGAGUGCGCCUGGGCUGACAUGCGCUUCAGGUAUACCGAAUGGAUGUGGGAUCCCGCCUCCUCUACCUGUCCCGCAUGGUAUCACACGUCACUACGAGGGAGACCUUUUCAGGGCAGUCUACACCUGUCCCAGUCUCGAUGAUCAGGAGCCCGCUGACCACUGUCCAUCCACACGUUGUAUAGGAGUAGAAGAGUGGACGCCCGGCGCUAAUAUCUCCUGUUCAGCUAAGGACUGUUACACAACCACUGAAUAUGAUGGUAGCGUGACAUGUACGAAAACCGGAAGAACAUGCCAACGAUGGGAUCAGCAGACCCCUCAUGCUCAUAUCUUCUUUGUCGAUAGAAGUGACUUCCACAAUUACUGCCGGAUAACUCCUGAUGUUGGAAUGCCUUGGUGCUUCACCACAGAUAUCUUUGUUAGAUGGGAGCUAUGCCCAGUUUCCAAAUGCUAGAUGCUCAGACAUUUUAGUGAGUAUUUUAACUGACAUUUAUGUUCAAUCCAUUACGAAUAGAGAAUCGAAUGAAUGGAAAAUCAUAUUUGAUAAUCGAGCAAACAACUUCAAUUCAGGCAAAACAAGCAGUAACUUUUCCUCGGUUUAUGUACAAUAUAGAAUGCUAGUUUUCUACAUUUUGAGGCGAAUUAAGGUUACGUUUGGCUCCUACCUGAAUGGUCGUGAAAGACAAAAUAAUGUCUCGCAUGUCUUCUGCAUCGAAGAAUUGUUGAAUAGGAAAGAAGAGUGACUGAACUGGAGUGAAUUGGACUUGACCGAUCGCUGGUGGACAGGUAACUGAUCAGCGUGGUUAGAGUUUCCCUCUAGUGUUCAGUGGUGCUGAGUCCCAAUUCUGUAUUUAGAUUUGACUACAGUAUCAACAGUGCAGACAAAAUGUUGAUUUUCGCUAUUAUCCUUUUUACGCCAGUUCUGGCUUCUUUCCACCAAUGUUUGUCGGGUUUAGGAGUGCCGAACAGUUAGCCGACUGCUACAUAUUGUUCAUACUAACGGCAUGGUUUAAACUACUAUUAUGAAUUCUUAUGGUAAACAUGUUUACUGCAUUGAAAUGUUUUUCUGGUCAUAAAAGAAAAGAAAAAAAUGUUAAUAAUCCUUUACCAAAGUGUCUUUGUAAUUGAAAAUAUUCGAAUGUUUACCAUCAGUUAUUACCAAAAGAUAUCUUUAAAUAACUUCUCUGUCAAACACUUCAAAUGAUCUAACAUAACCCCGCAUAGGGACUUUCCUUAGUUUUCUUUCUAGCAUUAUCUAAUGUAUCUAUCUUGUUAGCCAGUCGUUGUUUUUCUUUAAAUAAAUC